AUGACUGCUCUGAUGACUAUCGCUAUCUGGGCUGUGCUCAACAUCCCCCUGGCACUGUCAAACCCUGCAAAAACCCGUGAUAUCCGCAAACCCCCGACCUUUGCGGUGCACGGGUUCCGGGAGUCAUGCACGAUGCACAUACAUUCGCCCGGUCAGACCCCAAUGAUGGGUGAUGAAACUCCCCUGCCGAGUCAAAAGCUGGACUCAAACGACCGCAAGGUAGUCCUAUACAAUAACAACUUUGGUGAGGGCGUGACGAUUAAUAUCUUCUCCAGUAACUCUACCGGGUCCACCGUGAGCAAGUUAGAACGCGUUACCCGAGCUGCUCAGCCCGCCACCUUAGAGCGUCCGUCCGCUAUACAGUUAGCUCCAGUAGAAUUCGGUCGUGACAGCGUCGUAUUCAGUGGUAACACGCUUCACGAGCAUGUAGCGAUCAACAUAGCCUCGCCGAACUCCACAGGCGCUGAGUCUCAGACGCAACUUGGAGGUGUCGACAGCGAUACCUGA